UUCGCACGGUCUCACUUUGCUGUAGGUGUGUGUGCGCGCAGCAAGGGCCAGGGAGAGGAAGCCCAGCGGCUGGGAGCGGAUCUGCUCUCUCUCUCUCUGUGUGUCUGGGUAAACGGCGGGCGGGGCUCUUGCUGCGGGGGGAAGGGCCCGGCUGAUACAGCUCACUGUGCUCCGGGAGAGCCGCCAGUGUGAGCAUCAGAGCCCCGCAGGUUGACAAGAUGGCCACUUCAUCAGCUAUUGCUGAUAAAAUUCAACAUGAUAUUUUAAAUUGUAAAAUCUGCCUUGAAACGAUGGAACAGCCCAAAAUGUUGCCCUGUCAACACACGUACUGUCAAGAAUGCCUGCGAAAGCUGGUCAAAGCUGAUAAGAUCAUGUGCCCAGAGUGUAGGGUCGUCGUUGAUGUGAGUGCUGGCAUUAGCAGCCUGAAGACAAACUUCCACAUCAACAGCCUUCUGGAUAUCUUCAAAAGCCCAGCAAAGGAGGAGAAGAAGGAGCUGGUAUGUAGCCUUUGCCCCCAAGGCUGGAGCGUCAAGAACUCUGCAGUAGCCCAGUGUAUCAGUUGUUCAAGCUACCUGUGUAGAGCUUGUGGGGACAGUCAUCGGAUUAACUACAGCACCCAUCAGAUGGAGGACCUGGCCCCUGCCCUGCUGGAUAAAGCCGGUACAGUGAUGUUAAUGCAGCAAAAGGUCUCCUGCCUGCUUCACCCCAAGGAGCGAGUCCGUCACUACUGCAGCACGUGUGACCGGGUCAUUUGCUACAAAUGUUACUCCCAUUCCUGUAACAAACAUAACCGGCUUGGGAUCGCUGAGGCAGCCGAGGUGAAGAAACCCACCAUCAUAAAACUGCUGGAAAGACUCAGCGCGGUUUCCCAGUCACUCGCCCAACAAGAGAACGAACUGGAUGAAGCAAUGGACAAAGUGAAAACAACGGAAUUGUCUGUCAUUUCCAACUUAGAGAGCACUCUAACUGAGGUUUUAAAUGAUCUGUUUAAACAGGGAGAUGCCAUCAAAAAAACUCUCUCGGAGUAUGUGAAGAAACAGGAAGAGUUAAUCAAAGCUGCCAAAUCUAACCUCGAGCGUCAGAAGGAGAAGACAAAGAAUAUGAGAGAACAUGGUGAGAGGGUUAUGAUGGAUUGCAAUGCGAAGGAGAUAGUGGGUUUGGAGAGCAUUUUACAAGAUCAGAUCAGUUCAUUGCAACCAUUCAACAUCAAAGAAUUAAACAAAGCCUGCCCCAAGCUAAUGGUCAACAAAUAUGUCCGAAGUAUAAUAUCAGAAACUCAUCUCUUCACUGUCACGUUGGGUGAAGAUUCAGGUCCUGAAUCCCAGUCAACUGUCCCCAAAACUGGGCAGCUGGCAUGCAUUGCCGAAACCCAGGCCACCACUCAGUCCCAACAAUGGGCAGUUCGGAAAUAUCACUUUGACACCAAGCUGGACCAUAACAUGAGGCCGAAAUUGACAGGCAUCUGUACUUCUGAAGAUGGAGACAUCAUUGUUGCAGAUGAAGAGAAUGCGGUCCUGAAAUGUUACUGGAAAGGUGGAUCGUUGAACAGGAUUAUCUCACUGCCAGAUGAAGAUGAAGACCCAUGUAGCGUGGCCAUCUGUGACGAUAUUAUUGUGUGUUCCGCCAAGAACAGGCUUUACUUCUUAGAAAUGGACGGAUCAUUGGUGAGAAAGCUCCUCCUCCGAGGAUGCGAGUCAGCCUACCCUAUUGCCACGUAUGAAGAUGAAUAUGUGGCUGUGAGCGAAGGGACACUAUGUUCUGUCUCUCUGUAUGAUCUCGAUGGGCGUGUGGUUGACAGGAUUAAGCCAAGGGGUUAUGAUGGCAGUAGAUUUCUCUUCAUUGCAGUGAACAGCGAAGAAGAAUUCAUUGUGUCUGAUUGUGGGAAGAAAUGUGUUGUUAUCUUCACUCGAUAUGGAGACCUUGUAACCGUUUGCAGAGAGAGCUUCGUGAAUGGAAUACAAUGUCUUCUUAAUCCUUUCAGUGUCUGUGUUGAUGGAAAUAAUAAUAUCUAUGUCACUGAGCCCAAUAGGAUCCUGGUGUUUUCACCCACUGGAAGCUUUAAGAGACAGUUGUUGAGUACAGUUGAUGGCCUUCACAAGCCACGUGUCCUCACAAUCGAUCCAGAUGACAAUCUGAUCAUAGUCCAAGACAACAGGUUUGUUUAUGUGUACACAUUGACUGUGGAUUAAUGGGCUCGGAUUCAGAGUAAACAGGCCUCCUCCACUGGGCUGAAAAUGGACGUGAGCCAGGCUCAGAGACAAUGUCACCUGCUUGCUUCUAAAUUCAAGAGGCCGACCCUGUGCAUUGGACUGGAAAGGGUCACAGUCUUUGCAAAUAAAUAUAUUGAAUGGGGAGGAGCAGGGCUCUGCGGGUGGGGCUGAGGUGAUGGUUAUUCAGGGUUGUAUAGACGCCCCGAAACCAGGGUUUCAGUCCGAUGGAGAAUGGAACGAGGCCAUUCUGCCUCCUGCCUUCAUUAAAGUGAGGCCUGAGCCAGGAUGCUGCAUGGCUGACCUUCCCAACCUGUCUCCAACUGGAGCCUUCAGGUAGCCCCAAGAGAGUUCCCACCCACCUCCCCACUCCCCACCAAAAAACAAGCCUGCUCACCAACCCAGGCCCUCCUACCAGCCCCCAGGCCAGCUCACCUGUUGACCUGGGAGCUGAUUGUUAGCCUCUUUGGUUACAAUACCAUCAACAGCCACUGUAUGGCAUUGGUGACAGCUGCUGGCUUUGGAUUGGCUGCUGAUGGCUGGGCUUUCUGCCCCCAGGAUCCCUGAUCCCUGAUCACGAGGAAACCUUUCAUUAGGCAGGAUGAGACUUCCAUCAGUGAGCAAGACCCCUGUAGUUGUUAAGUGCACAGUGGCUCGGUGGUUAGCACUGCUGCUUCAUGCUGCCGUGGGCCUGGGCUUGAUUCCACCUUCGGGUGACUGUGCGGUUUGCAUAUUCUCCACGUGUCUGCGUGGGUUUCCUCCGGGUGCUCCAGUUCCCUCCCACAGCCCAGAGACAUGUAUUUUAGGGUGGAUUACCCAUGCUAAAUUGCCCAAGGUGACCAGGGAUGUGCAGGUUCAGUAGAUUAGUCAUGGGAAAUAUAGGUUUACCGGGAUAGGGUGGGAAGGGUGUGGAUCUGGAUAGGAUGCUCUUCAGAGGGUUGGUGUGACUCGAUGGGCCAAAUAGCCUGCUCCUGCAGUAGGGACUCUAUGAUUCUAAGUCCUGCCUAGUUUUGAAAGAAAUUUGAGAAAUCCCAUUCAUUACAUAGCUAGUUCAAUAUGACAAACUUUCGAUUUGUAUUUGCUGGGUUAAGCACUGGAAAAUGCGUUUUCUCAGUGAUUGAGCCUGGGACUAAUGUAGACUACCCUCCUUUCGAACGCGCAUGUGACUGGGACGACAAUGUGCUGGCACUGGCCACUCAGUGUCAUUUUGUUCUUGUACGUUCCUUUGAAACAUUCCAAUGUUCAAGUAUAUUUUUGUUACUUCCUUUACUCUUGAUUUCAAACAUUUUUUAAAAAGUGGUCAGUUGUAGCUCUCCAUUCCUGUUGGAAAGUCGACUCUGAUGGUGACCAUUAAUUGUUUAUUCUUAAUUGUCUCGAGCCAAGGCUUUAAUUAGUUCGACCAAUGAGAUUUCAGGAAAUAUGCAAAGUCUUAAUUUUUAUUUUAUUCUUUUUGUGGGAUGUAGAUGUCACUGACUGUCCAACAUUUAUUGCCUAUCCCUUGAUGCCCCUUGAGAAGGUGGGGGUGAGCUGCCUUCAUGAACUGCUGCAGUCUGUCAGCUGUAGGUUGACCCAUAAUGCCCUUAGGGAGGGAAUUAUGGGAUUUUGACCCAGCGACAGUGAAGGAACAGCGAUAAAUUUCGAAGUCAGGAUGGUGAGCGGUUUGGAGGGGAACUUGCAGGGGAUGGUGUUCCCAUGUGUCUGCUGCUCUUGCCGUUCUAGGUGGAAGUGGUCAUGGGUUUGGAAGGUGCUGUCUGAGGAUCUUCGGUGAGUUUCUGCAGAGCAUCUUGUAGAUGGUACACACUGCUGCUACUGAGUGUCGGUGGUGGAGGGAGUGGGUGUCUGAGGAUGUGAUCCCAAUCAAGCGGCUGCUUUCUCCUGGAGGGUGUCAAGUUUCUUGAAUGUUGUUGCAGCUGCACCCAUCCAGGUGAGUGGGGAGUAUUCUAUCACAUUCCUAACCUGUAACUUGUAGGUGUUGCACAGGCUCAGGGGAGUCAGGAGGCGAGUUACUCGCUGCAGUAUUCCCAGCCUCUGACCUGUUUUAGUUGCCACAGUGUUUAUGUGGUGAGUCCAGUUGAGUUUCAGGUCAAUGGUAAUCCCCAGGAUGUUGAUAGUGGGGGAUUCAGUGAUGUUAACACCAUUGAAUAUCAAGGGGUGGUAGUUAGAUUGUCUCUUAUUGGUGAUGGUCAUAGCCUGGCAUUUGUGUGGCGCAAUCCUAACCCAGUCAAUAUCUCCUCAUACGUCAGACCUGCCAUCCCUGGAAUCAGCCUGGUAAACCUUCGCCACACUCCCUUGAGAGCAAGAGUGUCCUUCCUCAGAAAAAGAGACCAAAAUUGCACACAAUACUCUAGGUGUGGUCUCACCAAGGCCCUGUAUAACUGCAACAACACAUCCCUGCUCCUGCACUCGAAACCUCUCACAAUUAAGGCCAACAUACCAUUUGCCUUCUUUACCAGCUGCUGCACCUGUAUGCUUACCUUCAGCAACUGGUGCAGAAGGACACCCAGAUCCCACUGCAGGCUCCCCUCUCCAAGUUUACAGCUGUUUAGGUAGUAAUCUGCCUUCUUGUUUUUGCUUCCAAAGUGAAUAACCUGACAUUUAUCCAAGUUAUACUACAUCUGCCAUUGAUUUGCCCACUCACCCAACCUGUCGAGAUCAUGCUGAAGGAUCUCUGCAUCCUCGUCACAGUUCACCCACCCACCCAGCGUGGUAUCAUCUGCAAACAUGGAGAUGGUACGUUUUGUUCCUUCGUCCAAAUCAUGGAUAUAUAUUGUGAAUAGCUGGCAUCCCAGCACCGAUCCCUAUGACACCUCACUAGUUACUGUCUGCAAAUUGUAGAGCACACAUUGAUUCCUACACUUUUUGUUUCCUCUCUACCAACCGGUUUCCUAUCCAUCUCAGUACACUUCCUGUCAUGAAUGGUGCUGAACAUUGUGCAAUCAUCAGCAAACAUCCCCACUUCUGACCUUAUGAUGGACAGAAGGUCAUUGAUGAAGCAGCUGAAGAUGUUUGGGCCAAGGAACCCUACAGAGAUGUUCUGGACUGACCUCCCAUAACCACGGCCAUCUUCCGAUGUGUCAGGUAUGACUCCAAUCACCAGAGUUUGUCCCCUGAUAUCCGUUGAUUCCAGUUUGGCCAGGGCUCCUUGAUGCCACACUCUGUCAAAUGCAGCCUUGAUAUCAAGGGCUGUCACUCUCACCUCACCUCUGGAAUUCAGAUCUCUUGUCCAUGUUUGAGCCAAGGCUGUAAUGAGAUCAGGAGCUGAGUGGCCCUGGUGGAAUCCAAACUGGGCAUCAGUGAGCAGUUUAUUGCUGAGCAGGUGCUGCUUGAUAGCACUGUUACUGACACCUUCCAUCACUUUACUGAUGAUCAAGAGUAGACUGAUGGGGUGGUAAUUGGCCGGGUUGGAUUAGUCCUACUUUUUGUGUACAGGGCAUACUUGGGAAAUUUUCCACAUUGUCGGGUAGAUGCCAGGGUUGUAACUGUACCAGAACAGCUUCGUUAGGGGAGCAGCGAGUUCUGGAGCACAAAUCUUCAGCACAAUUGCCGGAAUGUUGUCAGGGCCGGUAGCCUUUGCAGUAUCCAGUGUCUCCAACUGUUUCUUGAUAUCAUGUGGAGUGAAUGGAAUUGGCUGAAGACUGGUAUCUGUAAUGAUGGGGACCACUGGAGGAGGCUGAGAUGGGCCAUCCAUUUGGCACUUAGAAUCAUAGAUAUAAACAGCAUGGAAACAGACCGUACAGUCCCAUUUGCCAGCAUUUGGCCCGUAUCCCUCUUACCAUCCAGAUGCCUUUUCAAUCUUGUAAUUGUACCAGCCUCCACCACUUCCUCCGGCAGCUUGUUCUAUACACGCACCACCCUCUGUGUGAUAAAAGUUGCCCCUUGGGUCCCUUUUAAAUCUUCCCCCUCACCCUAAACCUAAGCCCUCUAGUUUAGGAUGUCCGUACCCUGGGGGAAAAGACCUUGGCUAUUCUCCCUAUCCAUGACCCUCAUGGUUUUAUAAACCUCUGUAAGGUCACCCCUCAGCCUCUGACACUCCAGGGAAAAUAGCCCCAGCCUAUUCAGCCUCUCUCUAGAGCUCAAACCCUCCAACCCCAGCAACAUCCUUAUAAAUCUUUCUGAACCCUUUCAAGUUUCACAACAUCCUCCUUAGAGAGAACAGAAUUGCACACAGUAUUCCAAAAGUGCCCUCACCCCCACUUCUGGCUGAAAAUUGCUGCAAAUGCUUCGUUCUUAUCUUUUGCACUGAUGUGCUUGGCUCUUCCAUCAUUGAGGAUGGGGAUAUUUGUGGAGCCGCCUCCUCCAGUGAGUUGUUUAAUUGUCCACCAUCAUUCACCACUGGAUGUGGCAGGACUGCAGGGAUUAAAUCUGAUUCGUCGGUUGUGGGAUCGCUUAGCUCUGUGUAUCACUUGCUGCUUUUGCUGCUUGACGUGCAAGUAGUCCUGUUUGGUGGCUUCACCAGGUUGAUAGCUCACCUUCAGGUAUGCCUUGUCCUGCUCCUGGCAUGCCCUCCUGCGCUCUGCAUUGAACUAGGGUUGAUGCCCUGGCUCGAUGGUAAUGAUUGAGUGGGGGAUAUGCUGGGCCAUGAGGUUACAGAUUGUGCUGGAGUACGAUUCUGCUGCUGUUGAUGGCCCACAGCGUCUCAUGGAUGCCCAGUGUUGAGUUGCUAGAUCUGUGUGAAGCCUGUCCCAUUUAGCAGGGUGAGAGGGUCACACAACAUGAUGGAGAUUGUUCUCAAUGUGAAGGCAGGACUUUGUCUCCACAAGGACUGUGCGAUGGUCACUCUUACCGAUCCUGUCAUGGACAGAUGUAAAUGCAGCUGGCAGAUUGGUGAGGAUGAGGUCAAGUAUGUUUUUCCAUCUUUUUGAUUCUCCUCCAAUACCUGCUGCAGACCCCGUCCAGUGACUAUGUCCUUUAGGACCUGACCAGCUUGGUCAGUAGAACUGGUGCUGAGCCACUGUUGGUGGGUGGACAUUGAAAUCCCCCGCCCAGAGUACAUAUUGUCCCUUGUUUGUAGUAAUCAGCAGGAGGUUUCCUUGCCCACGUUUAACCUGAAGCCACGAGACUUCAUGUUGAGGACUCCUAGAGCGACACCCUCCUGACUGUAUACCACAGUGCCACCCCCUCUGCUGGGUCUGUCCUGCCAGUAAGACGGGGCAUAUCCAGGGACGGUGAUGCUGUGUCUGGGACAUUGUCUGUAAGGUAUGAUUCUGUGAUAUGACUAUGCCAGGCUGUUUCUUGACUAGGUUGUGAGACAGUUCUCCCAGUUUUGGCACUAACCCCCAGACGUUAGUGAGGAAGUCUUGGCAGGGUCGACAGGGCUGUUUCUGCCCUUGUCUUUUCCCAUGUCUAGGUCGAUGCCAGGUGAUCCGUGCAGUUUCAUUACUUUGUUGAAAAUUCAUAGCAACUGAAACAACUGAAUGCUCGGUCACUUCAGAGGGCAAUUGAGAGUCACGUGUAGGGCAGACCAGGUGAGCAUGGCAGAUUUCUUUCCCUGAAGGGCAUUAGUGAACAGAUGAGUUUUUCUGACAAUUCACAAUGCUUUCACGGUCAUCAGUGGAUUCUUAAUUGCAGACUUUUGUUUAAAUUUAAUUCAAAUUCCAUCAUCUGCCAUGGCAGGAUUCAAACCCAGGCCCCCAGAACAUUAUCUGGGUCUCUAGAUUAGUAGUCUAGCGAUUAAUACAGUACAACUGUGAUCAUUGUCGUCCAAUUGGAUUCUUUGGGACCAACUCCUUUCAUUGAAAUGGUCAUAUGAUUCAGAUUGGUGGCUAAAUGAAUGAAAUGGAUGGUAAUUUUUUUUAGAUUAUUUAGAUGUUAGAGGAAAGGCAUUUAAUUAUAACCUCAGGUAUUUUGCUUUUAUCUUUCUUGUUCAGAAUUUUGUUUUGUAAAUAGAACAUCGAGUGAGGACAAUCAAAAACUUGCUGAUGGCAUUUUAAUAGCAGUUCAGGGUAGGUCCUGGAUCUCCUGCCAGAUCCACACACUUGUGGAGGUGGGAGAUCAGGAACAGGCUGUGAACUUUGAAUUGUACGUUUUGUCUUCUCUGUCUCCUGAUUCCAGUCAAAGGGUGGGUAGUGUUUGUGGACCAGUAUCUAGUAAGAGCCUACCCUUCUAGUUAACCUUGUUUUAGACCUCCUUAGCUCGGUAGGGUCUAUUGGUUAUAACCAUGUUGCUGAUUAUUGAGUACAUGAGCUCUGAAUGCAGACCACAAAUAGCAUUGUUGCACAAGCUGAGUAGUUUUAAUCACACAUUCCAUAAUAUCAUCAUCAUCGCCAGUCCCUCACAGAUAGGAUGACUCUCUCCCACCUCUCAGGGUGAGUCUGUACGUGGCUGUACAGGCCGAUGUAGUUUCCGCAGACUCUGUUACACUUGGGGCAGGUGGUAGUCAUGGGAAGGAGGUGAGUUGGUGGGGGCGUUGGUGUGAUAGUGCGCCUCUUUCGCUGUUUUUUGCCCAUCUUCCGCUUUUUCCCGACAGCGAGUCCUGAGGUGUUCGACUCCUUCCGGGAAUCUCCUCCUCCACUUUGGACGGACUUGAGCCAGUGAUUCCCCGGUGUCUGUGGGAAUGUCGCACUUCCCCCAUGAGGCCUUGAGGGUAUCACUGAAGCACUUCCCCUGACCCCUGGGGCUUGCCUGCCGUUUUGGAGCUGGGAGUCUCGUGUCGGUCAUGUGGACGACAUGCCCGGCCCACUGCAGUCAGUCAAGGGGGAAGGCGGGGGUCAGUGCUUUGAUGCUGGGGAUGUUGGCCUGGUCAAGGACACUGGGGUUGGUGAGCAUUUAUUCCUGGUGGGUUCACAGGAUCUUGUGUAUUAUGUACCUAUAAUCUUCAUCUUUGUACUUUUUUCUGUUUUGACUAUAAACUGUAAUAAAUAUGUUGGAAUUCUCA